AUGGCAUCGAGUCACUACUAUCGAACCGACGAGGAGCUCAAUCAAGAAAAAAUCCAGGCGCUCGCGCGCGAUCGUGGAAUUGUUGAGCAGAACUACGAGAGGAAAACGAGGACGUCGAUCGAUCAGACGCACGCUCAACCGCUUCCAUCGCCGCUGCACUCGCCGACAAAAACUGUUUCCGGUAGAUCAAACGAGCAAAUGAGUCCACCACGACGAAACUCGCAAAAGUCAAACUCGUCAGAUGAAGAUUCUGGAACACGAUCGGUCGCGGUUUCAGUGCUACGAGACAGUGGAUCGAAGGUAGAAUUGAUUUUGAAGGCACAUGGAUUAAAAAAGAAGAAGAGCCUUUUACACUCUCUAGUUACCGUAUUUAAAAAGCCUCACCAGCCAUCACGCCUACUAGCCAAUGGAAAAUUCACAGAGUUCGUGCUCAAUGAGAACUCGCUUCGGUUCAAUCUCGAGGUUCAGACCGACAAGAAGAAGAAGAAAGGCAAUGGCAAUCGAGUGGAUCGUUUUGUGUGCGAGGUGAAGAAGUUCCCAACAGCGAUUAAUCCGGACAGCGCCGAAUUCGAGGUGUUGGAGCCGGCUAGUGGUGAAGCUUUCAUAUUGCUCACAAUGAUCAAAGUCGGAAAUUUGUCGGUGAACUGGAAGGACUUUUUAGAUCAGAAUGGCACCAUCGACGUGACGUGUAUCUAA